GUUCAUUACGAACCUGCAUUGUGUGUGGUGUCAGUUGAAUGUGCUGUGCUAGUUUUGUUCAUUUUGUACGGAAUAUAACCGUUCCAAUUUUAUUCAAUGUGUAUGGCUAUAGUGGUUCCUUCGCCCGUUGCCCUGCGAUACAUGGAGUUCCAGUUGGACAGCGCGGAAUACUGCCAAGCCCAGCACAAAUAGAGGCUUUAUUCCUGUUUCGGCUCUGCACACUGUGUGGCCGGAGUUAGUAAUCGACGAAGUGUGAGGCAGUUCAUCACCUUCAUUACGUUAUACAUAUAUUUACAUAUAACGUUUUAUAUGUGCAUAUAUUUAUAUAGGGAUAUAUUUGUAACACGCAUAUCAAAGAAAGAAAACAUCGCGUUACCAACAACGAAUAUUUAAGUAAAAGAUAAUUGUAUAAAACUUUAAAAGUCUGAUUUUAUUUAUAAUUUACAUAUACAAAUAUAUAUAUCUAUAUAAAUAUAACUGUAUAAAGAUAUAUGAAAAAAUUUAGAAACUAAAUGAUUUCGGAGUCCCUUCGAAUGUGAAUUUAAAUAUUUUAAUCGACGUUUAGAUCAAGUUUAUUCCGCAAAAUUGAAAAUAAUCAUAUAUUUGAGAUUAAAAAAGAGCUCAAGUUUCACAAAUUGUUAUAUUAAGAAGUUUUUGUGUCGGGUUCUUGGUAACUUUGGUUAAAGAGACAGUUUUCUUUUGUGUGAAGUGUUUUUCGGUUCAUAUUAUCAUUUUCCUGUUUGAUAUAAAUGAACAACAUGCGUCAGAAGGACAUCAGACCUGCUCCGGCUCGUAUCGAGUAUAAAGGAAUGAAAUUUUUGAUAACUGACCGUCCGUCCGAUCAUAACAUUCACAAUUAUAUCAAUGAACUGAAAAAGAAUAAGGUUUUGAUCGUGGUUCGAGUGUGCGAGCCGAGCUACAAGACGGACGAACUGUCCGCUCAGGGAAUCCUUGUCAAAGAUCUGGCCUUCGAAGAUGGCACCUUCCCACCCACCACCAUAGUUGAUGAAUGGUUCUUAACACUUAAACAAAGACUGAUUGAAUUGGGCCUAAAAUAUGAAGAAGCUGUUGAAAUGAUUCGAGACAAACGUCGAGGAGCCAUCAACGCGAAACAGCUAUCAUUUUUAGAAAAAUACCGACCAAAAUCCAGGUGA